AACCAUAAGUCAUCCUCAUUCAUGAUAGUAAUAAGUACUUAAGAAUUCCAUUUAGGGACUUCCCAAACACGUCACUAAUCGUAUCAACAAUUCACCAUGCGCUUGAGCUGCAAUGGAUGCCGCGUUCUCCGCAGAGGGUGCACCACUGAGUGCCCCAUUCGCAUCUCCCUCCAAUGGAUCAAUUCCCCUAACUCCCAAUCCAACGCAACCCUCUUCCUUGCAAAGUUCUAUGGCCGCCAAGGCCUCCUCACCCUCCUCACCAACGCUCCCUCACAACUACAACAAGCCGUUUUAAAAUCUUUGCUUUACGAAGCAUGCGGUCGAAUAGUGAACCCGGUUCUCGGCUCGACCGGGUUGCUCUCCACCGGGAAUUGGCAUUUGUGCGAAGCCGCGGUCAAAGCCGUUCUUAAUGGCGCGCCGAUUGAGCAGGCUCCUUUGGACGGCGCCACAAGCCUGCAGCUCAAGGCUUGUAAUAUUCGCCACGUGGCAAAGAGUGAUAAAUCGUGCGGCUCUGAUACACUUCGCAAGGUGAAGUCUCGCACCACCACGUUCAAGCGCCGAGCCGCAAAGUCCAGAGUCGAGUCAGUUGUGGCUGAGUUGGCUGAAAGCGAGUUAGAUGGUCAUGGUUCGAUGAGUCAUGACUCAGGAUCCGGGGUGACUCGGAUGAGUGAGAACAAAAUCGUUGGAGGGGAAGCCGAUAGCGGCUCCGUGCAGAGUGUGGGGCCGGCACGAGCCGAUGGUGGAGAAAUGGAACUUCAAUUAACAUUGGGGUGGGGUCCACUGAAGAGACAAUGAUGACGCCACGUGUAGGGCUUGAUCUCUCUGGCUAGUAGGGUUGGUGUUAGCUAGUGGUGAAAUAUGUUUUUUUUAUCUUCACCCCGUUUAGUUAUAUGAUAAUAUUUUUGAAUUUUUCACAUAUACAUCGUGAAAAUUGUUUGUAGGAGCAUUUUUUUUAUAUUAUAAAUUACAAAAGAAAACAAUUAAUUAAGCUUUUCCAA